AUGUGUGGCUCUAAUCUACUUUCCUCUCUUAAUCAUGUACAGCCUGUUGGCAAUGCCACUUGUCAAGAAUUAAAAGCAGAGGAAGAACUGGAGCCGGCCAUAACCAUCUGCCAGGAGACAACGCAGAAAUCAGGCAAUGACACCUGCCAGCCUGAACUUGAAAACCAGCAAGAGAGUGCUGAAGUAAAUGAAGAAAACCUCAGAGACAUCGAUGAGGAGACAACGCAGAAAUCAGGCAUUGACACCUGCCAGCCUGAACUCGAAAACCAGCAAGAGAAUGCUGAAGUAAAUGAAGAAAACCUCAGAGACAUCGAUGAGGAAUUAAAACCAGAGGAAGAACUGGAUCCGGCCAUAACCAUCUGCCAGGAGACAACGCAGAAAUCAGGCAAUGACACCUGCCAGCCUGAACUUGAAAACCAGCAAGAGAAUGCUGAAGUAAAUGAAGAAAACCUCAGAGACAUCGAUGAGGAAUUAAAACCAGAGGAAGAACUGGAGCCGGCCAUAACCAUCUGCCAGGAGACAACGCAGGAAUCUGGUAAUAACACCUGCCAGCCUCAACUCACUGAAAAUGAGCAAGAGAGUGCUGAAAUAAACAAUGAAAACCUCAGAGACAUCAAUGAGGCAUAUCAACAUCUACUUGCAACUAAAUACCCGAAGCCACGGAGUUAUGUACAAGUCCUGGAGCCCAUCGGAGAGGACAGCUACGGUGUCAUUUAUAAUGGAUGGCACCGUAAAGAACAAAAGGAGGUGGCAGUUACCAUCAUGAAAGAUGAAGAGAAGCAGAAAGAAGUCCUCAAUGAACUGCAGGUUCUAGAAACCAUUUCUGGCCAUGGAAACAUCAUUGGCUAUUACGGGGCAUAUUUCCAACCUGCCUCUGUAAAAAUGCCAGAAUAUGAGGGACUGUGGAUUUCAAUGGAGCGUUACAGUGGGACAUCAGUAAAACAGCUCUUUAACAGCAACAUAUCCCACUCCUUGAAAGAGGGCUGGAUUGCUUAUACCUGCAAGGAGGUAUUAAAGGGCCUGUGCCACCUUGAUAAGCACAAGGUGAUUCAUCAUGACAUAAGGCCAAACAACAUCAUGAUAACAUCUGAUGCAGAAGUGAAGAUCAGUGAUGUCAGCUAUGCCACCAUUGGUGAAAACAGUCAUAGUACUGCAGGUGCUCUUCCAUACAUGGCACCAGAAGUACUGGCCAACACUGACUAUAAGGUCAUAGAAUACACCUCUAAGGCUGAUGUAUGGUCACUGGGAAUCUCCGCCCUUGAAAUGGCAGAAGGAUACUACCCAUUCAGCAGAUUUCCCAGCCAUGCACGCAUCAAAAGAAUAAUGCAUGGUCCCGCUCCAGUAUUGCUAUGGGACUCAUGGAGUGACAACUUCCAUGAUUUUAUAAAGAAAUGCCUCCAGAAAAAUCCAGAUUGGAGGCCAUCUGCAGAGCAGCUACUGUCACACCCCUUCGUUUGUAACAUCUGGAAUGAAAGGGGUGUGAAAAGUAAUAUCAAGUGGCACCUGCAGAGAGAAAUGAAGCACUGAAGUAAGAAAACAUCAUGGCAGCCAUCGGGGGAGGGACGGGGGCACAUGUACAGGGGCCCUAUGUCAUCUUUGGGCCCCGCAGAAAAACUUGGUCCCGAUGGCAGCUAGAAGAUUGACAACAGCGAUUCACAAGAUUGACAUCAAUAUGAUAUUUUAAAUAAUAAACAUCUUAAAAAUA